GUGACUGUGACAAUCCGAUGUCACCAGCGAUUCAGAAAGCAGCAAACCAGGAAGAAGAAAGGACAAAGUCUGAAGGAGAAGAAGUCACAGCAGAAGUGAGAGGAGAGCUGGCAGCACGGAGCGCACAGGAGCCGCAGAAUGGACCGGUACCAGCCCAUCCUGGCCCUCAUCCUGCUGCUGGGACUGACAGGUGAUGUGGACGCUGUCGUCGAUGUGACAGGAAUCACCGGGAGAUCGGUUCUAUUAGACGUGAAUCCUCCACCCCCAGAAAAUUCUGGAUUAUCCUGGACUUUUAAAAACCAGAAUGUGGCUGUGAAUUUUCCUUCUCCUGUUUGUUUUGAUCAGUUGAUAGGAAAAUGUCAGCUUUAUGUGAACGGAUCUCUGAGAAUCGACAGCGUCUCCUCCGCUAAUGAAGGGACUUAUUAUCUGAAUGUAGUAGCUCCAGAUUCUUCACCACCUGACAUUACAGAAUACCGGCUCUGGGUGUACGCUCCUCUGGAUAAACCCGUCCUCAGGAUUAGAUCUGACUCCAUGUAUGUCGUCGAUGGCACCAAUGUGACCCUCCUGUGUGACGCCGGUGGUCAGACUGUGACUACUUACACCUUCUACCGAGACCAGACGCCUAUAUGCACCGCGCCCCAUGUCUUCUGCAGCGGAUCAUCCCUGGACUUCACCCCGAUAUCUGAGAUGUACAGUGGGUCCUACACCUGCCGCAUCGAGAACCCGGUCAGCUUCAACCUCAGCGACCCCAUCAAUGUGACCGUAUCAUAUCGUAUAUCGGAUAUAUCACUGACGGUGAACACAUCCGCACUGGUUUGGCCGGGAUUAGACUCGGUGUCUCUGCGCUGUUCGGCCCGCGGUACAAAUGUCAGCUACUCCUGGAGCCUGGACGGGGCGGCCCUGCCUCCGGAGCCACAUUACGUGCUAAGUGCAGAUAGAAGCGUUCUCACCAUCAGCCCGGUGUCUUCUAAGGAUAAUGGAUCCUUCACCUGUACAGCCGCGAACAGUAUAAACAACCUGACGAGCCCCGAAGUCCUCCUCCACCUCGGCUGUGAGUAA